AUGUGUCCAAAUCAUACAGAGCAUACAACGGAGCGUUAUCUAGCUCGAUCAAUAAGUUUAACUGAAAGAAUGAAAUUAUGGACGAAAUUAUAUAAGAAUAUUGAUGGUAACACUAGCAGUAAUAGUAAUAAUAAUAAUAAUAAAUCUAUGGAACCUGAUGAAAUUACACAAAUACUUGAACACAUCCCACCAUAUGAACUCACGUAUACACCAGAUGAAGAAAGUGUUAUCCUUGCUGACUUGAUGCGUACUGUACAAAGGUGUAGAAAUGAAAUGCAACAGGAGUUAGAACAAGAAGAAGUGGCUGAUAAAGAAGACGAGGUCAAGCGGAGGGAUUUAUCUAGUACAGCCAUAUCAAGUCUUUUAGAUACUGUACUAUAUGAUGGUAAAGAUAAACGACAGAUAUCUGAUAACCGUCGUAUAUGGCGAUUAAAUAGACGUCUGGCUGCUAAACGAAGAAAUAAUCGAGGCUUUAAUAGGCAUAUGAGAAUUGUUAUACCAAAAUCAGUGAAAUGUUUAUAUAAUAAUCAGGUGAAAAAAAUUCCCCGUAUGAAUGAACCAUCCUCGUCGUCUACAUCGCAUUUAUCGCCUAUGACAGAUAAUAUUUCAUCAACUGACGAAGAAAAAAAUACAUUUGUCCGUGGUCUGUUACAAUUCUAUCUACAAAAUGAAUUGAAUGUACUACCUGAUAAUAAAUAUUCAGCGCUGACAACGCCACCAACAACAACUGCGGCUAUCACCAUACUGACACCACUUCAACGAUAACACCUCAACCGACAUCAUCAUCAUCAACAACAACAAUAACCUCAGCUAAUAAUAAUGAUGACAAUAUUGUCAGUGAUCCAAUCCAACUACUGGUUGAUGAUAAGUCAUCGAUCGAUGCAAUGGAAACAAGCGAAAGCUUAGUAAUGCCAUCGUC